GGCAAAGUCCCGUGGCGAUAGCAGUCUAUCAUUCCUCAUGUGCGGAAUAGGUGAUGCGCGCAAUCUGUGGGAGACCUUGACAUCCAUCGUGGUGCCAGAUAUGGAGUCAUUGAUGAACGAGAAUCUCCCGAAAGAGCUGCACUUCACCCUCAUCGACCUGAAACCGGCCGCACUGGCUCGAAUACUCGUCAUGCUGAGACUCAUGUCACAGCUGCCUAAGGGCCUCAAGGGCCAAGAGACCAGCAAUCUUACUUGGACCAUUGCUUACCUAUUUGUUGGGCACGUUGUGCCGCCGUUUGUCCACGCGACUUUGUCCAAGACGAUAUUAAACCUCAUAGACAUUCUUGAGAGAGACAGUCCGAAAAGUGCCUUCCUCAAGUGGGUUAUCAUGUCAGAAGACACCCGGGCACAAGUCCUUCAGCAUCUGCGCCUGUGGUCCGAACCAUUGGACGAUCUCUACCGACCAGAGAACAUCAGAAAGACAACCCAAGCCGCCAUGCGUGACCAAGGAAUGCGUCGUAUGUUGAAUGGCCUGAUGGACAUCGACCCCCCGACACCUGCCGCAUUUGAGGAAGAUGAGGCGAUUUUCGACGAAUUUACAAUAACCCCGCCGCCCGAAGCCUUUGUUCGGCUACACGAGCCCCAACUUGCCCCAAUCCUCGAGCAGAUGAGGUCUAAAAAGCAAGCUACCAGGGAGCAAGCCGGGCGCAAACUUGACGACCACAUCAAUAAGCACUGGAGGACGAACGUGACGAUGAUCGACCUCAUGUGGCAGACCAAGAAAGAGCGCAACUCUGAAGACGGCCUCCUUCUGGAUGCGACGGGACGUGGCUGGCGAGCUCGUUCAAGGCAGCUGGAGCGUUUCCAUUUGGAGAACGGACUCCUGGACGAGGCAAGUUGGUGA